AUGGAAUCCGCCGCCGUGGCCAUCGUGACGGUGCCCUUCCCAGCGCAGGGCCACCUGAACCAGCUGCUACACCUAUCCCUGCUCCUCGCCGCGCGGGGGCUCCCCGUCCACUUCGCCGCGCCGGAGCCGCAGCUCCGCGAGGCCCGCGCGCGCCUCCACGGCUGGGGUCCCGGCCCCGACGCCCUCCUCCCCGUGGCGGUGCGCUUCCGCGCGCUCGACGUGCCCCCGCACGAGUCCCCCGCCCCCGACCCGUCCUCCCCGUUCCCGGCGCACAUGCAGCCCCUCUUCGAGGCCUACUGCGGCGGCGCGCGGGCCCCGCUGGCCGCGCUCCUGGCGGGGCUCGCCGCGACCCACCGCCGCGUCGUCGUGCUCCACGACCGCAUGGCGGCGUUCGCGGCGGCCGAGGCCGCGCGCCUGCCCAACGCCGAGGCACUCGGCGUGCACUGCCUCGCCGCCUCCUACAACGUCGGCACCUGCCACGCGCUCGAGGGCGACUUCCUCGACGCGCUGCAGGGCAUCCCGUCCUCCAACGGCCAAAGGCUGUUCGCCGUCGGGCCUCUCAGCCCGGUGCUCCUCCCCGGCGCCGGCGCGAGCAGUGGGACUGGCAGCGGGAGCUCGCGGCGGCACGAGUGCCUGGACUGGCUCGACGCGCAGCCGUCGCCGUCGUCGGUGCUGUACGUCUCGUUCGGCACGACGUCGUCGCUGCGCCUAGAGCAGGUGCGCUUGCUGGCCGCCGCGCUGCGGGACAGCGGGGCGCGCUUCGUGUGGGUGCUGCGCGACGCCGACCGCGCGGACCUGCGCGGCGGCGGGGAAGGGGAUGCCGCGGCCGAGACCCUCCGUGCCGCCGCGGCGUCCGAGCUCGGCCCUGGCGACGCCCGCGCUGGCGUGGUGGUCACCGGGUGGGCGCCGCAGCUGGAGAUCCUGGCGCACGGCGCGACGGCGGCGUUCAUGAGCCACCGCGGCUGGAACUCCACCGUGGAGAGCCUCAGCCACGGGAAGCUCAUCCUGGCGUGGCCCAUGCACAGCGACCAGCCCUGGGACGCCGAGCUCGUCUGCAAGUACCUCCGCGCCGGCGUGGCGCCACGACGUGACCCCCGCGGCCGCGAUCCGCGACGCCAUCGACAGGGUUAUGGCCUCGGAGGAAGGCGCCGAGAUCCGGCGUCGGGCGGCCGCGCUCGGGGAGGCCGUCCUCGGCGCCGUGGCCGAGGGCGGGUCGUCCAGGCGGCCUGGACGAGCUCGUCGCGUACGUGA